AUGUCGACACCCUCCUCAUCCUCCUCUACAGCCUCAUUUGGCAUGACGACCUAUCAACUCUCCUUCGCCGGCUACACAACCGCGGCUGUGGAUGAAACUCCAAAACAGCUGGAUGAUAUUCAAGCCCGGGAGAGCAACCCGUCUGCCAGUAAGAUAUUUGUCAGUGCCAUCAGUGAGACAUCGGUUACUGUCAGUGGUCCCCCAUCUCGACUCAAGGUUCUCUUUCGCAAUUAUGCUUCGUUCAGAGAUUGCAAGUUCGCGCAGUUGCCGGUCUAUAGACAACUGUGCCAUGCGGCUCAUAUUUAUACCCGUGAAGACGCACAAGGUGCCAUUCCAUCCCCUUUCCUCGCUCCCUGGUUCAGGCCGAUCGUGCCCAUGGUGUCGACCAGUUCUGGCCUACCAUUUGUUGCGUCGACUGCUGUAGAUCUAUUCAAGCAGGUAAUCUUCGAAGUCAUGACCAAGCAAAUCGUUUGGGACAAUGUCAUUCGCGGUGUGGCAGAGGAGGUGGUCGAGAGUGGUGGCCAAGGGUGGUGCUCGCGAUGUGAACAUAAAGGUGUUUCGCCAUUCUCUUCCUGCUCAGCAGCUCAUGGGUCACUUCUGAUAUACGAGAACUACCCACCUGGAAACACCAUGCAGUCAAAGAUUGCCAUCGUCGGCAUGUCGUGUCGUAUGCCAGGUGGUGUCAUCGAUACGGAGAAGUUCUGGGAUCUUUUAGAGGCUGGGCUGGACGUUCAUCGGAAAAUCCCCGCUGAUCGGUUUGAUGUUGACUCUCAUCAUGACCCUUCCGGAAAGAGAAUGAACACCAGCUACACGGGUUAUGGAUGUUUCAUCGAUGAACCAGGACUAUUCGACGCGCCUUUCUUCAAUAUGUCGCCCCGUGAGGCUGAACAAACUGAUCCUAUGCAGCGAUUGGCUAUUGUCACCGCAUAUGAAGCUCUGGAGCGAGCAGGGCCAGUGAUGACUACCGUGAGGUCAACACUGGUUAAGAGAUCAGCACGUACUUUAUCCCUGGUGGAUGUCGUGCGUGCUCCCGGUCCUGGGCGGAUCAACUACUUUUUCAAAUUCGUUGGUCCCAGUUUCGACUGCGAUACGGCGUGCUCGUCUUCAUUGGCUACUAUCCAGGCAGCCAGUACUGCACUUUGGGCAGGCGACGUCGAUACAGUUGUAGCAGGAGGCCUCAAUGUGCUCACAAAUUCUGACCCCUUUACCGGUCUCUGUAACGGUCAUUUCCUCACUAAGACGCCCAACGCGUGCAAGACCUGGGAUUGCACGGCUGAUGGGUAUUGCCGUGCUGAUGGUGUCGGCUCGAUUGUGACGAAGAGGCUGGAUGAUGCGUUGGCAGAUAAUGAUAAUAUUCUAGGCGUCAUUUCAGCAGCGGCAACCAAUCACUCUGCCAAUGCUGUUUCUAUUACACACCCUCACGCUGGCCACCAGUCUGACCUGUAUAGACAGGUCAUGGCGCGCGCAGGCAUUGAUCCCCUGGAUGUCAGCUACGUCGAGUUUCAUGGUACUGGCACUCAAGCAGGCGAUGCCGAAGAAAUGGAGUCUAUCACAAAUGUAUUUGCCCCGAUAAAGGGAAAGAGGCGGACCUCGAAGCAGCCGCCCCAUAUUGGUGCUGUCAAGUCAAAUGUCGGCCAUGGAAAGGCUGCUGCCGGUGUGACCGCAUUGAUCAAGGUCUUACUCAUGUUGCAGAAAGGCAAAAUCCCUCGCCAUGUCGGCAUCAAAGCCGACAUCAACCCCGGCUUCCCCAAGGAUAUGGGUAAGCGUAACUUACACAUUCCAUUCGAGACCACGGGAUGGUCCCGUACACCGGACAAAAAGCGCAUUGCGGUGGUCAACAACUUUAGUGCUGCUGGUGGUGACACUACCCUUGUGCUAGAAGAGGGACCAAGUAAGAUAUCACUCAAGGGAAAUAUCCAGCGGUUGAUCGCCUACUUGAACAAGAAUGGCGAUAUGUCACCGGCCGAUCUUGCGUACUCCCUUACAGCUAGACGACACCACCACGUUCAUCGUGUGGCAAUUAACGCAGCAGAUGUGGACAGCCUCAAGCAUCAGCUUGUCUCCAAGCUGGAUGGAGUUGAUUCCAUGAAAUCCAUCCCUACAACAGGGGCACCACCGGUCGCCUUUGUAUUCACUGGUCAAGGCGCUGCCGACAAGUCGAUGAACCUGCAGCUGUACCAUCACUUGCCAUUCUCCCGGUCUCAGCUCGAAAUCCUCGACCGCCUGGGUCAACGGCAUGGCUUCCCAUCGUUCAUUCCCGCCAUUAACGGUAGCUUUCCGAAAGACCACGCCUGGUCGCCGGUCAUCACCCAAGUGGCCCAUACUAGCAUUGAAAUUGCAUUAGCUAAGUAUUGGGAAACACUUGGUAUCAAGCCUGAAGUCGUCGCUGGACAUAGUCUGGGCGAGUACGCGGCUUUUGUUAUUGCUGGUGUUCUCUCAGCUAGUGAUGCCAUUUUCGUUGUUGGUUCGCGUGCUCAGAUGCUCAAGUCGCUGUGUCCAGCUGGAACACACAAGAUGAGGCCAGUCAAAGCGUCAAGGGCAGAGGUCGAGGACGCUGUCAAGGAUCUUCCGUAUGAUCUUGCUUGUGUCAAUGGGCCUAAAGAGACCGUUCUCUCUGGAACAACGAAGCAGAUGGAGGCUGCGUCUGUUCCGCUCAAGGAGAAAGGAUACAGGGUUAUCUUCCUUGACGUUCCAUUUGCCUUCCACUCUGCCCAGACAGAUCCAAUUUUUGAUCUCUUCGAGGAGACGUCACGAAAAAGCGUCCUCUUCCGCGCGCCCACGCUGCCCAUUGUCUCUCCCCUCUUAGGCAAAGUUGUCUUCGACGAAAAGUCGCUGAAUGCCAAGUACCUGCGCCGCGCGACCCGCGGGAACGGUUGA